AUGUCGACAGUGUUGGACUCCGAGAGGAACGCGUGUCUUAUCUGUGGCAACGAGUACAGGCACCGAGAGUCUCUGCGCAGCCACAUCAAGAAGCACCAGGGCCUGACGACGUGCCCGAAGUGUGGCACCGUCUGCGGCACCGUCAAGGCUCUGCGACGGCAUCUGGGGCAUAUGCACUCGCUCAGUGUCCAAGAGGUCCGCCAGAUUGUGCCGACCAGAGACCCUGAGCGGAACGUGUGUCACAUUUGCGGCAAGGAAUAUAAGCACGUCUGGUCACUGACAGACCACGUCAAGAAGCACCGCGGCAUGACCACGUGCCCCAUGUGCGGCAAGGUCGGCAGCACGGUCAAAGCGCUACGGCGACAUCUGCAGCUGGUGCACUCGCUGAGUCGGGAGGCCGUGCACCAGAUCGUGCCCACCAGACGCUACGUGUCGUACGCGACCGCACUAGCCCGGCCAGACCACUCGCGUGCCAAGGAGCCGGGCGUGUAG